AGGCCGCGCGGUUGCCCUCUCCGUCUUCUGUCCUUCUUUCUCUCUCAGUUAGGGAACCCGAGCCCCGAUCGGGGCAAGUAGGCGACCUCUCCUCGCUGGUCAGGGGUGCCCGCAGAGCGGCCGGGAGGAUUUUGGCCAAAUUGGGCGAGGGUACAAUAUUACCACUUACCCCUUCUCACCGAGGAAGAGCGGGAGAAAGGGUAAGCAUGGCGCAGUCACAAGGCUGGCUGAGAAGGUACUUCAAGGCCCUGUGUAAAGGCUUUUUUGUGGCCGUGCCCGUGGCAGUCACUUUCUUGGACCGGGUCGCCUGCGUGGCUCGAGUGGAGGGAUCGUCGAUGCAGCCUUCCUUGAAUCCCGGGGGAAGCCAGUCUUCAGAUGUGGUGCUUUUGAACCACUGGAAAGUGAGGAAUUUUGAAGUACAGCGUGGUGACAUCGUGUCCUUGGUGUCUCCUAAAAACCCAGAACAGAAGAUCAUUAAGAGAGUGAUUGCUCUUGAAGGGGAUAUUAUAAGAACCAUUGGACACAAAAACCGGUUGGUCAAAGUCCCCCGUGGUCACAUAUGGGUUGAAGGCGAUCAUCAUGGACACAGUUUUGAUAGUAAUUCUUUUGGACCGGUUUCUCUGGGACUUCUGCAUGCCCAUGCCACACAUAUCUUGUGGCCUCCAGAGCGCUGGCAGAGACUGGAAUCUGUGCUUCCUCCAGAGCGCUUCCCAAUCCAUAGUCGUGAUGAGUGACCUUAUGAGAGGCUCAUCAUAGGAGGAGCUGCAGACACCAGACGCCUCCUACCAAAGAGAGAUGCUCCAGUGAUGCUGAGCAAGAGACCUCUGUAUGUCUUUAAGGUGGUCUGGAAUUUCAAAGAAAGACUUUCAAUAUUAAACAGUAUUCAAUGACAACUGAUUGUGUGUUGUAUUUAAUUCUAUAUUGUUUAUCAUCAAAAAUAUGCAGGCCUUGGAGAACAUGAAAGCAUUCUACCUGUAUAUAUUAAAGAUAGUAAAUUGGAGAAUAUUGUGCAUAGUUAUUGAUGAGAUUUUCCCUUGAAGCCUACUGCUGAAAGAUUUUUAAAAUUAAUGUGCAGUGAAGAUGAUUUGUCUUUCAAUGUUCAGACAGAACAGGGAAAACUACGUAUUCUGCAUAUAAGGAUAGUGAUUGCAUUGUAAUUGAUGAUAUCCACAGAACAGUGACUCCCAGUUAGGAAGGACCAGGAACUGUGUGUGAUGUCAAAUAAAACAGUGAUUUGUACAGAU